CAGCAGCAGGAGUAGCAAGGAAGCAAGAUGCGGCAAGUACAUCAGGUAGCAACAGACCAUGGAAGUUCAUGUGCUUCAGAACCAAAUGUGACUGUGGAGGCAGCGGAAGAAAGGUUGGCGGAGGAUGAGUUGUCUUUGUCGCAAACUACAGCCUCAAGCUCCUCUCCACCACCAAAACGAGGUGUGACUUUACCUGUGAAGAAAGCGUUGCAGAAACGCCUCCAGAAGUCUGAGGUCCAGCGUGCAGAAUGGAUUGAAAGCGUAAAGAAAAACGGCAAUAAGGGGAAGGUUAUUCAAGAAAGUCACAUAAUGGUUGCAAGACUGAGGGCUCUUGGCUUUCGGCCCCUGUUGCUGAUCGGACAUUAUGACCAUAAAAAACAGGUGUGGCACACCGACCCAGUGGUUCCAGGAGUCUUAGAGGAGCCACAAGCAAAUAUAUUGAAGCAGAUUACCUUGCUUUAUCAGGAUAUUCUAGGAGCUGUUCGUGCCAGUGAAAAACAUGACACAUGUGUGUCAGGAAUCCUUGAGCCUCAAAGUACCCAGAACGAGUCAGACUCACAUGGUGACUCAAACGAUGAGGACUGGAGUGAAGAUGUGGAUGAAGGAGACUCACAGAGCGACUCUGAUGAAGGACAGAGUGACACCAGUCAACAUGACCAACAGAGUGACUCAGACCAGAGAGGCCAAACACCAUUCAGUGAAAGAGAAGUGAAUGGGACUAAUGGACUGAAUGACUGCCGAAAUGCUGUUGAAAGGACAGAUAACAACAAUAAGGACCCACCAUCCACAGGAGAAGAGGAUGGAUUAUCAACCACUGCACAAGGCAGCCUGCACAAGAUGGCUGUCAAUCCAGGCAAAACAGUUUAUGGUAUGCCUAAAUUGAAGUGCAACGAAUGUGGCAAAAUCUUCUACUUUGCACGUAAUCUUGAGAAGCAUGAGAAGACCCACACAAAAGGGGUGUCCCCAGCAAAAAUGGAUAAACAUGACAAAUGUUCGUCAGCAAUCCAUGAAGGAGACCCACAGAGAGACUCGGAUGAAGGGCAACACGACACCAGUCAACACGACCAACAGAGUGAUUCAGAGCAGAGCAGCCAAACACCAAUCAGUGAAAAAGAAGUGAAUGGGACCAAUGGACUAAAUGACUGCCGAAAUGCUGUUGAAAGGACAGAUAACAGCAACAGCAAUAAGGACCCACCAUCCACAGGAGAAGAGGAUGGAUUAUCCACCACUGCACAAGAUCUGACAUCGCUGCGUAUGUGGGUCCCACCUCUGAGGCUACUGUCAGCGUCCAUUUGGCAAGUGGUCCAGCAGCGUCAAGUCCAGUCCUACAACAGGGUGGAGGAGUUUGUUUCUGUUGUUUUGGAGUUGGUCCCUGAUCUACUGAGCUCUGAGGAAAAGAUUGAACUGCUUCUUGGACUGAGAGCGAAGUUGGUCUUAGAAUUAUGCCAUGAUCAGCCAUUAUCAAUGACCGACCAGAUGAUGCAGCCACACCUGGAGAAAGUCACAAGGGUUGCUGAAAACACCUUCAGUGAUGGGGAGAUGGGCCAGACAGUAGAUGCUGCUGUGAGGAACUUUGUGGAUCUCAUCCAGGCCCUUGUGAAGAGCCCCGAGUAUAGAAGACAUUACUUCCAGGAUACUUACCCAUUGCAUUAUGGCCAGAGAUUUGACACAGCUCUGCAGUCUCUGGUGGAGGAAUUCCUGUCCAGAUUGGAAUUGUUACUACCAGUGCCAAGCUUCCAUCAGGUCGCCGCUUGGUUUGAUGAAGAGCCUUUGAUCUUGGAGGAUUUUCUACAGCUGGUUCAUGACCCAAAGCCCAUUCAGGGAUUGCUAGAUCACUACAAGGAUUUAACACGCCUGAAAUCAGACUCCUCAUCACCCAUCAUGACCAACACUAUUCUCUCCACACUAACUGACUCUCCUAAAGUGCAAGAAUUCCUUGCUGCUUGUGUACAAAAAGAGGAAUGUUUGCGAUUGCUCCGUGAACAAAGUUCCCAGAACAAGUCAGAGACACGUGGUGGUUCAAACGAUGAGGAUUGGAGUGGAGAUGUGGAUGAAGGAAACCCGCAGAGAGACUCCAAUGGAGGACAGAAUGACACCAGUCAACACGACCAACAGAGGGAUUCAGAGCAGAGCAGUCAAACAUGCAAUGGGUUGUCAUCAUCAUACAUCGUGGUAGACUGGAGAGGAGAUGAAGAUGAUGAUGGCGAUGAUGAUGAUGAUGAUGAUGGCGAUGAUGAUCCCAACGAUGUGGACUGGAGUGAAGAUGUGGAGGGAGGAGACUCACAGAGAGACUCAGAUGAUGACCAGAGUGACACCAGUCAACACGACCAACAGAGUGACUCAGAGCAGAGCAGCCAAACACCACUCAGUGAAAAAGAAGUGAAUGGGACUAAUGGACUGAAUGGCUGCAAGAGAGAUGUUGAGACGAUUGUAAAUAUCAAGAUUGUGGAGAAGGGCCUGCCAUCCACGGGAGAAGAGAAUGGUGCGUCUCCUACAGUACAAGGCAGCUUGACCAACUGCCCGGCAGCAGUAGUGGAUAAUGGUGUGUUUCGGUGCAUUGAAUGUGGCAGAGUCUACGCAUAUGUAGGGUCGCUGACCAAACACAUGAAAACCCAUAACAAGAUAUUGUCUCCCGCGGUACAAAGCAGCUUGCGCAAGGUGGCUGUCAUUCCACGCACAACAAAUGGACGCAAAUUCAGGUGCACUGAAUGUGGCAAAGCCUUCGUGUAUGCAACUUGUCUGAACAAUCAUAAAAAAAUCCACACAGACUUCAAUCCUGGGCUUAGAAUGCGCACUGGUGAGACUUCCGUAAAUAACAAGAAUGAGGAAACUGAUCUGGCUUCCUCAGAUGAAGGAAAGGGAUUAUCCUUCACUGUACAAGACAGUUCACAGCUUGGAAAACUGAGUGCUAAUGAGAGGACUGUAAAUAUCGACAAUGAGCAGGAGGACCUACCGUCCACCGGAGAUGAGAAUGGAUCAUCUCCCGCAGUACAAAGCAGCUUGCACAAGGUGACUGACGAGCCACGCACAACACAUGGACGUAAAUUCAGGUGCACUGAAUGUGGCAAAGCCUACGUGUAUGCGAGUUGUCUGAACAAUCAUAAAAAAACCCAUACAGACUUCAAUCCUGGGCUUAAAAGAUGCACUGGUGUGACUGGUGAGCAUAACAAGAAUGAGGAAACUGAUCUAGACUUCAAUCCUGAGAUAAAAAGACACAAAAACACCCACGGCGAAAUUCUCACAGGGGAGGAAAAACAUUUGUGCCCUUACUGUGGCAGGGCAUUUAGAAGGAUAGCAUAUUUGCGAGAGCACAUAAAAACCCACACUGGGCACCGCCCCUAUGUGUGCCCCGUCUGUGAUAAGGGGUUUAAACAACAUUCAACUCUGGUCAGUCAUAAGCGAUUACACACUGGUGAGAAACCCUACUUGUGUUCUUUCUGUGGCAAAGCUUUUGUCACCUCAGGAGCAUGUUUGCAUCACACGCGGAUUCAUACUGGAGAACGUCCAUACAAAUGUGAAAUUUGUGAGAAAACCUUUACAAUGUCAUGUCAUCUAACCAUACACAGGAGACGCCACACAGACGAGAAACCUUUCCUCUGCACUGUGUGUCCAAAGCGGUUUAAAAGUCCAUCUGUCCUGAAACAUCAUAUGCGAAUACAUACAGGAGAGAAACCUUAUGAGUGCUUGAUUUGUGGAAUGAAAUUUGCAGACAGCACCAGAAGGAACGCUCAUCAACGUUGUCAUAGGAAAUAAAUGGGUCUUGGCCAAUGUUGCUUCUGAA